CGCAGCCGUCCGUUUGCGCAGGCCCGGACCCGAAACCAACGAGCCCGAAUGGGUCGCACCUCGCAAGCCUCGCCCCCCGGCUCCGAUCUGCUAAGCCGCCGCCGGAUCGGGUUGCGGGUCGCCUCCCCCCGACCCCGAUCCACCACCGCUCGCCGCCGACCGCCGCCGCCGAGGCGUCCAGUAGUGCUUUGUGCAAUGUGCUUGCCCAGCAUAUCAACAGUCUCUGCACAGACGUAGCUGUGUGCAUGCAUUCAAGCUAGCUUUGCGGCCUUUGAUUUAGGAGAGAGCUCGGCCAGAUUUUGGUCUGGUUAUGGGUGAAAGGCUACCAAUUGCGUUCCAGUGUAUGACAAAAGUGGGUGAUCGUAUACGUGGUAAAAUGCUGGAGCCAACAGCAAUUGAAGUGCCAAUUGCUGCCUCAGUCAGCAAUGCGGUGGUGCCUGCGCCUUCAGUUCACAAUCCACGGGCGCGCAAACUGCGGUCUGCAGUUUGGCAGGACUUCACGAAGGAGCGUCGUGCCGACGGCAACUGCGUGGCUAUCUGUAACCACUGCAAGAAGCAGCUCACGGCGACGAGCCGGUCAGGCACCACGCACCUGCGCAACCACCUCGCCAUCUGCACCACCACCUCCACACGACGUGCUAGUAAACGCCGGAAGCUUGUUGUGCGCCGUAUUCACCACAACAAAUCCUCAGCUGAUGGGCGAUCUGGUGAGGGCCACGCCUCGGGCGACGACAAUGACAAUGAGGGCACGCACUUUGAUCAAGAACUCAGCCGCCGAGACCUUGUGCACAUGAUUGUCCAGCAUGGCUACCGGUUUUCGAUAGUAGAUGAUGUGGGCUUCCAAAAGUUUGUCAAGAACCUCCAGCCUCAGUUUAGGAUGGUGUCAUAUGACACGGUGAGGGCUGAUAGCAUGGUAAUAUAUGAAGGUGAGAAGCUUAAGCUACAGGAUGUGCUCUUUAAGAUCCCCUGCCGGGUUAGCAUCUCAGUUGAUAUGUGGCAGUCAAAUACACAGAUGGAAUACAUGUGCUUGACCUGUCACUACAUUGACCAUGCCAAUGAUGAGUGGAAAGUUAGGAAAAAAAUUCUCAACUUUGUGCAUAUGGAGGCACCUUUUACAGUUGAUCAGAUUGCUAAUCUCAUUGUAGAGAAGUUGCAUAGUUGGGGUAUUGACAGAAAACUAGGUGCUGUUGUACUGGACAACUGCAGUGGUGGUGAAAUUGUUGCCAGGGAGCUUCACAGAGUUUUGCAGCCCAGGAGACUUCUGUUAAAUGGGGAUUUGUUCCAAGUACGCUCUUGUGCACAUAUUCUAAAUCUCACUGUCCAAGAAAGCUGGGAACAGGCAUCAGAUAUAACUGAUAGAGUCCGCAAGAUGAUUACCUAUGUCAAGUUUGAAAGGUUCCAAAAGUUUCAGGAUAUCUCAAAGCUACUGCAUGUGGAUCAAAAGCUGUUAGUUGUUGAUUCUCCUGAUAACUGGUCGUCCAUUUACUUAAUGUUUGAGUCUGCAUGCUACUAUCAUGAUGUUCUUGUGCGCCUCACAGAACAGGAAGGGCACUAUGAUGUUUUUCUGGCUGCUGCUGACUGGGCUGAUGUGAAAGCCCUCACUGAAAUUCUAGAUGUAGUCUAUCAUGCUAUGGAGAAGUUUCCGGUGGAAAACCCAACUGCAAACCUCUAUUUUAAUGAGAUGUGUGAGAUCCAUGUGCUUUUGAGAACCUGGCGCAAUAGUCCAUCUCCUGUUGUUGCCAAAGUUGCUGGUCAGAUGCUUUCCAAAUUUGAGGGCUACUGGGAUCUCACUAGGCCUGUGAUGGCAUUUGCAUCUAUUCUUGAUCCUCGUUACAAGAUGAAGUCCCUCGAAUACUUCUUUCGGCUCAUUUAUGCUGAUGAGCAAUUUACAGCAAAGACAAUGAUAGAUCUCAUCCAGAAUACCUUUCACAAUCUGUAUAAUGAUUACAAGCACCAGUCAUCAGAUUCAUGGAAGAAUCCAUCUGUUCUCUGUUACUCUAGAAAUAGUAGCUCCUGCAUGGGCUCUAUGUACAGCAAUGGGGAUGAUUCUAAGACCUUCUCUCGUAUCACAUUAUCUGAUGCUCGACGAGGACUUGAUCAGUAUAUACAAGAGACAUCAUCGGGCCAAUCCUUGAAGUCUGACUUGGAGAUGUAUCUCGAGGAAGCAGUUUAUCGUCAAAAAGAAGGAAAUCAGGAUAAUUUUGACAUUCUUGGAUGGUGGAAGUCCUUUGCAGCCAAGUAUCCUGUACUGUCACAAAUGGCUCGUGAUAUUUUAGCUAUCCCUGUAUCUAUCAUCCCUUUGGACAGUGAAGACCGUACACUGAAUGAGUAUCUCAGUACUAUGGACCCUUCAACGGUUCAGGGAUUGGUGUGUGCGCAAGAUUGGUUACGGGAAGACCCAGAAGGCAUCCUUGCUGUUUCAGGUGGUCAAGCAAAUGAUGGAGCACCGCACGGUGACGAACUGAUUCUGGUGCCGAACCAAAAUAGGUGAAUACAUUGGAGAGUGGACUAUUCUGAAAGAAGGCUUUUGAGAAGACUGAAGGCAGCACGGGAACUAAAUAAUCUAUUGUCCAAGAUCCAGCAGUACUCAUGAUGUGUAAAUGCAUCGUUCUAGUUAGAUGUUGAUCUGUACAAUGAACUAUUAGAGACACCCUCCGAGGAGGCUAACAAUAUCCGGCCACCUAGUGCCAUUGAAAACAGCCGACCAUGUAUUCAUGGUGACUUGAUGUGUAUUGUGCUGCUCAGGUAACCUAAACUAUCUGUGUCAGGUUUCGCAA